AUGGCCACCGACAUCGACCUAGCGGAAUACCUCUUCCGGAGGAUUCGUCAAGUUGGGGUCAAAGCUAUCCAUGGUGUUCCGGGAGAUUACAACCUAACCGCUCUUGACUACAUUCAACCAGCCGGUCUGGAUUGGGUUGGCAAUGCAAACGAGCUGAACGCUGGAUAUGCUGCGGACGGCUAUGCACGGAUAAGAGGUGUAUCGGCACUAAUCACAGCCUUUGGCGUCGGCGAACUCUCUGCUAUCAAUGCCAUUGCUGGUGCUUAUAGUGAACUGGCGCCGGUCAUUCAUGUUGUGGGCACUGUCCCGACCAACGUCCAGGAUGCUGGGCUCUGCAUGCAUCAUUCCCUAGGCAAUGGCGAUUUCCGGGUCUUUGCUGACAUGUACAAAAAGAUCACGGUGGCCCAAGCGAACCUAAGGGAUGCAGCUACCGCCCCUGCACAGAUUGACAGAUGCCUCCGAGAAUGUGUCAUACAGAGCCGACCAGUGUACAUUGAAUUGCCUAGCAACAUGGUCCGGGCCAAGGUCCCAGCAGCGGCCCUCGAGACACCCAUUGAUCUUUCCAUCCCAUUGAAUGAUGAAGGGUUCGAAGAUACCGAGGUUGACUUGAUCUUGAACAAGAUGUAUGCUUCCAGACAGCCUUUCAUCGUCGUGGAUGGCUGCACAUCGAGGUACGGUGCUAGCGAGGAGGCCAAUGAGCUAGUCCGAGUGACCCGAUUCCCCACUUCGGCCACUCCUUUUGGCAAGGGCAUUAUCAAUGAGGACUGUCCCAAUUUCCACGGGAUCUACGCUGGCAUUGCUGGUAACGAGGUAUACAUGCCUUGGGCCCAAGGUUGCGAUUUCGUCCUCAAGUUGGGGCCUCUGGAGAGCGACGUCAAUACGUUUGGAUUCAGCACCAUUCCCGACCCAAAAACUUCGGUUGUUUUCCACCGCGACCACGUCGAGAUCGGAGGAAUCAAGUACGAAAAUCUUCACAUAAAGUCUCUCCUACGCAGAAUUCUUUCGAAGCUGGAAACAGCCAAGCUCCCUCAUUAUAACCCUUACAUUGAUCUAGGCUCCCCCCAAGCCGAGCUUCUGGCCCUGCCUCCGACAGGCAAGGAUGACAUUAUCGAUCAAGCCACUUUCUGGCGACGGAUAUCGACCUUUUUCCGGACAGGCGAUAUUGUCAUGGCCGAAACUGGCACAAUAGCAAUCGGAGCCCGAGAGAUGGUUCUCCCUGCCGACACUACGCUUGUUUCUUCUUGCAUAUGGCUGUCUAUUGGCUACAUGCUACCAGCAUGUCAAGGCGCUGCCCUAGCCCAGCGCGAAAUGAUUGCUGAAGGCUUGCGUCCGAAAGGGCGCACCAUCCUCUUUGAGGGUGACGGCAGUCUCCAGAUGACCGCGCAAUCCAUCAGCGACAUCAUCCGGAACCGACUCGACGUGACUAUUUUCGUCAUCAACAACGAUGGAUAUGUGAUCGAAAGGUGGAUCCACGGCAUGAAGGCCGGCUAUAAUGACAUCCAACCAUGGAGAUACCUCGACGCACCAAACUACUUUGGUGCACCCAAAGAUGACCCUGCCUACCCGGUGGUUACAAGGCGAGCUGAAACGUGGGGUCAGGUGAACGACAUCUUGGCAGAGCCGGCACUUCAAGAAGGCAAAGGCUUGAAUAUUGUGGAGGUGGUGAUGGGUCGAGAGGAUGCACCUGAUGUGUUGAAGAGGCUGGUUCAGAGCACCAAGAGAAGGAAUUCAGGCCCUUCCACCGAGUCUGAACAGCGCCAACCCACGAGCACUGAAGAGAAGGCCAUGAAAGUCGGCGGUUGA